AUGUUAAACAUUACCCAUGGACCUAGCUAUGAUAAUAGCAUAUCUAAGUUUGAGUACCAUAGUUACUCGCCAUUUCUUCAGUCAUUCAAUCCAAGUGAUGAAAUACGAAUCCCCAUACAACAACAGGACUUGUGCGUUUUACCCUGUGAAAGCUACAUUUAUAUAGAAGGAUGUCUAACAAAAUCAGAUGGAAAACCUUCUUCUACGGGAAAAUUAUCUAAUAAUGCUAUCGCCUUUCUUUUUGAAGAAAUACAUUAUGAACUCAACGGAGUAAACAUUGAGAACAAUAAAAACGUUGGCAUCACAACAUCAAUGAAAAAUUAUAUAUCAUUGAAUGAGAAUGAAAGUAAAAGCUUAGAAAAUGCUGCAUGGACUGGAAACUCUACCAUCUCACCUAUAUCGGUAAAUGCAAGACAUGAAUUGAUUCUAAUUCGAACUAGGAGUAACGAGAAUGCCUUAUAUUCUGAUGAAGAAUUAAAACUUUCAAUUUUAAAAUUACAAUGGAGAGUUCCACAUAUUACCUUAUCCGAUUCAAAUAAGCUAACAUUAUUAAAGCAAAUACAAUCAAAUCCGAUUCAAAUUCAUUUUAGAAAUUGGGAAAUGUAUGAAUAUCCAACACUGCCAACCAACACGGAUCAUUUAUGGACAGUUAAAACGUCAAGUCAACUUGAGAAGCCAAGAUAUGUUAUAAUUGCUUUACAAACCGAUAGAAAAAAUCAACGAAAUAAGGAUGCCAGUAAAUUCGAUCACUGUGAAGUGAGCAAUUUAAAGGUGCAUUUAAACUCAGAAUGUUACCCUCGCGAAGAUUUGAAUGUUAAAUAUAAACUAGACCAGUAUGCCAUUCUCUAUGAAAUGUAUAGUAAAUUUCAACAGUCAUAUUAUCAGAAACAAUCACAGCCACUUUUAUCGAGACAAAACUUUAAGAAUAUCGCGCCAAUAAUUGUGGUUGAUUGUUCUCGUCAAAAUGAAUCAAUUAAAACAGGGCCAGUGGAUGUAAAAGUUGAACUUAAAACAGCACUUCCUGUUCCAGCUUCAACAACUAUGUAUUGCCUUAUACUUCAUGAUCGUAUAAUUGAGUAUAAUCCCUUAACCGGUGAAGUUAAAAAACUCACUUAA